AAAACUGACUCGUUUUUGUGAUAUUUUGUCAUUUAUCCUUCCAUUUAUCGCAUUAAAUUCAAACCAUUUUUUAUGUCAUUGACAUUUGAUACAUCCACAUGCUUUACUCAUUGAAACUCUUUGUCUCUCUUUGUCAUUCCGUGUCGCUUUGAUACUGUAAAAACUAUUAAUGCUGAAGAUAUCAACAAAUGAAACAACAAAAAAUACAUUUGUAUCAGAAUUGAAUGCUCAUCAUUUUGUUAUUAAUAGACCAACCAAGUAAAUAAACUGAAUUCAAACAUACAUAGCAGCUAUACAAGUCAAUUGUGCUGAUUAUGUAAGACAUUUUGCUCAGUUGCUGCUUCUGUCAUUCAAGUUCAUAAUUUCUUUUUCAAUGUUUUCUUCAUGACGAAUGAUUUAAAUGCCAAUGCAAUGCCAAGAAGCUUAGAACGAAACACAUUUGCUUCAGAAACAUCGAACCGACAACUGUUAUUCAGUUCAUAGGCUGCAACUUUUUUUUGCUUUUGCAUUAGUCCGCACUCUUUUUCUCGGCCAAAUAAAUAAAAUUUGCAUUAAUAUAUGAGAGACAAAUGUUAUAAAUGAAACAAACACAUGGUCAAAAUGUAAUUUUAUAAUUUAUUUUUAUGAAAAAAUGUGUGGUAACGAUAUCAAUCCCUCAUUAUAUACUUGAAUGUAUCAACAUUUCUGUUUCAAGAGACUUUAUACACCGCAAUUGAUAGAAUUUAAAACACAAAAAAUUGCUAGGCAAUACAAAAUAUACCAAAUCAAAAUGAGAUGAGUGCCAUAAAAAUUUCGCCCCGAUCGUCCAAUAAUUUAAUUCGUAACAUUUGCUUAAUUUCAAAUAAUUUACUCUGAGAACAAAGAAUUCACUGUGUGUUUCAAUUGUACAUCAAACCGCAAAAAAAGUGCAAAAGAGACCAAAGCCGAAUCAACUUGUUCGGCCUCCAUCAAUAUUCAUCAUCAAUGAUUUGUUUACAUGCAAUUGAUACGACCAAAAGUCUUGCUUUUGAACAAUUACCAAAAUUAUGGAUAAAAUGGCUCGCUGGCGGCAUAAGAACGUGUUCCUGAUACUGAUAAUUACUACGUGCUUCAUUUCGGCGACCGGAAAGCAUAAUGAUGAAAUUAAGGAAAUCAAAUGUUGUAACGAUAAUGACAAAAGCAGUGAAUAUGUAAUCAACGGCGACGACAAUGACAACAUAAGUAUUAGCAGAAAUAACGAAAGUGAUAAUGCCGAAAGGCGAACCAAAUCUUUUGAUUUAUCAUUUGUAUUGGAUCGCUAUCGUAUCGAUGAAACGAUACCAAAGCCCACAUCAUCAUGUAUACGUAUUAUGUUCGGAUCACUUUUGACAGCAGCUCGGACUAAGUCGCUGUCAGCCUUAGAUGCAAAUCAAAAUGUGGAAAGCUCAAACACAGCAGACGACAAUUAUCAUCGAUAUCAUGACUAUGUAGUAUACUGUAAUAGUACGACCAUUGACACUUUUAUAUCAAAGUCAAGUGGCAAUAGAAUCGCAACGAAUGGACAAUUAAGCGAUAAUGGUGACCAUUCAACGUUCAAUAAUGGUGACAUGCUUAGCGGAAUCAUUCUGAUGAAUGUCCCAUUCAGCGGUGACAGUAUCCAUAGCAAUCCGGUCACUAAAUGGCAAAUAACCAGAAAUAAUGUAAAUAUUCCUAGAAAUCAAUUAAUAAAUGCAACGAUUUAUUUGUCAUGGACAAAUAGCCAUUUGAACAGUGAGUCUUUCCGUGGAUUGCCGGCAACAUUCGAUCGUUUAACACACUUAGAUGUUAGCGAUAAUGAUAUAAAGAAUUUAACAUGGGAUAUGUUUGAUCGCUUUCCACAACUGAAAUCGUUGAAUCUCUCACAGAAUGCCAUCAGCAAUGAAACCAUUCAUCAACUGUUUUUUCACCGCUUUAGACAAUUACAACACUUAGAUUUAAGCAACAAUAAAUUCAUGUCAAUUGUAUAUGAGAGACUGUACGGGUCGGCGUCUGACAUGCCGAUGGAUGAUGUCAAUUCCAAUAGUCUUAAAAAGUUUGCCUUACCAAUGGGUGAAUCAUCAGAGCCAAUUGUGUUACACCAACACGAUGGCAUAUUUGCCGAUAUGCCGGAGUUACGGGAACUAAUUUUGAGCAACAAUCAAAUUAUUGAUCUUCCACGGAAUACAUUCACAACUAAUGGAUUACCAAAAUUACACUAUCUUAAUUUAGCUUACAACAAUCUGUCGAUAAUACCAUUUCAAAUAUUCCAAUCGCUUACCGCACUACAAACAUUGGAUUUAUCGAACAAUCGUUUAGUGACUUUCCUUGAUAAUUUUUUUAUCGAUAAUAAAGCGCUUAUUAUGCUAAAUGUACACAACAAUACCAUUGAGAGAGUGCUAAAAAAUUCACUGCAAGGUUUACACAAUUUGAUUGAGUUGGAUUUAUCGGAUAAUCAAAUCAUAAACAUUGAUCGAAAUGCAUUCGAUAGUUUGAUAGCAUUGCAACGAUUGAAUUUAUGCGGAAACAAUUUAACCGUAUUGCCAACGACUCUAUUUCAUCAUUUGGCGCAACUCAAGUAUCUCAAUUUAAGCCGAAAUAAAUUCAAAAUCCUUCAAAAUGGUCUGUUUGCGUAUCAAUUUGCACUGGAACAUUUGAUCAUCGAAGAAACACCAUUGCAAAAGCUUAACAAUUGGGUGUCACGAAAAUCGGAUGAAGUGAAAAAGGAUAUAUUGAAACGAUUACGUGUAAUUUCAUUGCGAAAAAAUCCACAUUUACGUGAAAUUGAUGCGAUAACAUUUCGCAGUUUGCCGGCCGUUGAGUAUUUAUAUUUAUCCGAAAAUAGUCUUGUUCUAUUGCCACAUGAAAUUGGUGAAUUGACUGAAUUGAAGCAUUUGGAUGUAAGUAAAAAUGAUCUCAUAUCGUUGCCAAGGCAAUUGAAUACUCUACAACAUUUGGAUACAAUUAAUAUGCUGGGUAAUCAAUUUGAAUGUGAUUGUCAAAUGGUUUGGCUCACAGCAUGGAUGAAUGACACACGAAAUCGUGUAGACAAUUUUACAUUUAUCGAACAACGAGCACCAUUCAAUCAAUUAUCAAAACUGAAAUGUCGUCAUGGAUAUCCCGGCGAUUUAAUACGUGUACUCCAACAGUUACAUUGUUUUAAACCAACGGCCGUUCAUGUGUCAGAGAGUAAAACUUAUCUGCUUCGCAGCGAUGCACAAUUGGAGUGUGCGUUUAGCGGAAAUCCAACUCCGGACAUCAUUUGGGUCACACCACUCAACAAAAUCAUUCGUUACUAUGCCGAUCCAGAUGUGAAACCAUUACCACUGGCAUAUAACAAACGCUUGGCGAAUAGCAGUCACAACAACGAUCAAAUAAAUGCCGAUUUAGAUCAUCAGGCGAAAAAUCGCGAGAAAAUGGAACAUCAAAUGCUGAAACAUAAAUUCGAUCGAUUUACAACACCAAUCGGAACCAAUGAGGUGACUCUGUUAGAAAAUGGUUCGCUUCGUAUUCACAAUAUUUCACGGAAGGACAGCGGUUUGUAUGUUUGCUACGGGUACAACAGCAUGGGAUAUAAAUCGGCUGAAAUCAGGCUCUUUAUCGAUCCCAUCGUAUUCUAUCGAGUGAAAAUCGCUAGCAUUAUAGUCGGUUUAUUGAGUGCUUUAUCGUUCUUGAUAUUGACAUUGAUUGUGCAGGCUAUUCGGCGUUGUUUCAUUAGAUUUAAUAUUGUCAAUAAAAUUGCGAUGAAUUGUUGUACAUGUUGUUUGCGUAAGAAACCCAGAGCCAAGCAUAUUAUGCAAAUGCUCGACAGCAUCGAACACUACAAAAGCCAACAACUGGAACGCCUACGUGAAAAUUAUACACAGCAAGUUCAUCGGAUCAAAGAAAAUUGUGCGCAACAAGUCGAAUGGAUUCAGGGCUCGUACACAAGUCAAACAAAGCACCUAAGAGAAGUUGGCUCGCAUGGAAUUACCGCAGUUGCCGACACUUACCAUGACCAGUUGCGUCGUGUUCGAGAUUAUUCAACCGGUCAAUUGAAUUGGGUUCGGGAAAAUUAUGUUUUUCAACGCAAUAAAAUUCGAAAAUUCAGCGCACAUCAAGUGUUAAGAAUUCGUGAAGGCUACAAAUAUCAACAGCAAACACUUAACAAAGUUUUGGAGAACCUUCCAUCUUUCUAUUUUGAAAAUUGCCGUGGGCGAGCUGAUGAAAAUAUGGAAGAAGACAUUCUGAGGAGGUUCGACUUGACAACAGAUUUUGAAGUGUAUCUAAAAACAAAAAUUGCUGAAGUGCAUCACGAUCCAAAUGAUGAAGGCACCAGUUGUUACAGUGAUCCAAAUGGAUUAUCUCAAACAAUAUCAACUAGACCAAUCUAUCAUCCAAUUGAUCGACGUAGUCUAACGAACAAUGUGCAAACAAAUGAAAGCAAAGCAUCUGUUUAUUAUACACCGAGUGAUUCCGCAGAUCAGACGCAAUUGCAAUUGUCUCCAUUGCAUAUUAAUAUAAUAGAAGAAAAUUUGAAUACAUUUCCCGAUUUUUUGAAGCCAUCAGAGUCAGAGUGUAAAUUUAAUUUCGAUAUGAAUCGCUUUGAGGCAAAUCUACAACUGGAGAUCGAUCAUCGACGUCGCCAACACAAUAUCUAUUCAGAAGACGACGAUGAUGACGACGAAACAAUUGUAAUUAAUUCGGAAAAAACAAAAAUGCUAAAUUGUAACGAUGCAAACAUUGAUGAUAUGGCAAGUAAUUCAACUGAAGGAUACAUUCGACUCAAUACAUUACCCAAACGCAAUAAAUAUAAACGAGCGCCAAGUAGCCGAGAUUUUUACUAUUCAUUGGAGAAUGUGUUCGAUGCCAAAAUGGCAGAUGAUAGUGGUCGCUAUCAAAUGCAUUUAUCAAAUAAAACCAUCGAUGAAGCUUCUUGUGAAGACACUCAACUUACAAGUUCAGCAUCAGACAAUAAUUACAGCUCGAGCGAAAUCAACCGUUCGAAUCCAACAAACGGUGAAAGUUCCGAUGAUAAUCGAACCAAACCAUCAAAAUCGGUUCUUUUGCUAAACGAAGGAAGCUAUAACGGUGAAAUUCAAUUUAGCAAUAGCAUGCCAAAUAUUAACAGCAAUUCGGAACAUUUAACCAAAGAACUAAACAAUGAUGAUGCCGAACAUACUCUAGUUAAUAAAAAUGAUUCUCAAUUGGAUCGUAUGCUUCCCAUUUGAAAACGCCACCAAUACAGACUGAGUGACAUAACCGGUAUAUGAAUGAAAACGAAGCGGUGUGUUGAAUUAAAACUGAUCUUUUUGUUCUGUUUCUAUUUGGUUUUUGUUAAAGUUGAACAAAGAAAAACGAAAGUUUCAAUCUUCAAUUAAUUUAAAUAUGAAUACGAGGUGAAAGACUGUGAAAAACGAACAGGAAAGAAUCUUUGGCUACAACAAACAAGUGUAACAUAUCCCAGCGUUUCCUUAACAGAGAAUAUACAUUUUUAUUGUCAAUUUAUUUACUUCUUUUCAAGUUGAAUCAAUUUAUUAUUAUUAAUAUUACUUUUGAACAUUCAUAUGCAACGGCGUUGGGGGGUUUAAAUGCCACCGAUCCAUUGAUCUAAAUAGGAGAAUUCGUAGAGUGGUGAUAGAAAAUGGUACGACUAUGUGUUUCAUACUACUCUUUUUUAAGAUAACCGAAUUUAUUUUUCGAAAAAAAUGAGAAGAAAACUGAACAAAAAAAAAACUAAAUAACAUUAAAUUUGACUUACAUACGUGAAUGAAUGUCAUUUGGGCCAAUGAAGAAAGUAAACUCAUUUGAUUGAAUAUUAAGGCCUAGUAUAUUUUGACUAUGACUUCUAUGCGAUCAUGUGUGUUCUCUGUAUCGCAAAUAUAUUUAGUUUAAAUUUAUUUAUUUGAAUUAUGAUUGUAAAAAAUGUGUAUUAAGCCAAUCAUACCAUACCUAUUAAUAUAUAUAAAAAAGAACAAAAUAAACUCCUCAUUUAUUUACCUGAUAAGCAUUUAAAAUCAAUCAACAAAAAAUUAAUUAUUGAGCACUAUACAUUGAACAAAAUGACAAAAAUUCGACAAAGCAAGCUAGUAGAUAAUUUUUUUCUUUUUUUUGAAGAAAAUAAUAUAAUACUUGUUUUACGAUUUAUCGGCAAUUUGAUUCAGCACAAUGUUAGUUACACGUGGAUAAAGUUCAUGUUCUUAUGAAAAAAAUUCAAUUUGAUUUGUAGUGAUGUGUUAAAUUUACCUUCAUUAAAUAUUAUCUUUUUAUGUUCUAUCUCGUGAUAAUCUUUUGACAAAUAUAUAUUGUUAGUUCCCACAAGUAAAAAAUUGAAUUUUAUAGAUGUAUUACUUCAAGC